AUGCAUCUUAUGAUGAAAGGAUUCAAACCAGGGUAUACUGUUUGGACUAGUCAUGGUGAGGUUGAAAGUGACAGUAUGUUUAAUAACUUUGUUGUCGGUGAAAGUAGUAGAUCUACCGAGCAUAAUUAUUUCCAAGGUUCUAGAAUGUCAAAUAUGGUCGAUGAGAUUGCGGCAGCAAAGGAGGUAGAGAACAAGAGGGGUGAUCUCAAAUCAGUUACAGCAAUGCUUGAAUCCUUCCAAUUGUUCUCUAAAGCUUCAGGUUUACAAGCAAAUAUGAGUAAAUGUUCAAUUUACUUUGGAGGAGUUUCCAGCAUAGAAAGUGUGAAGAUCAUCCAGUAUACAGGAUUUACUGCAGGCCAACUCCCAUUUAAAUAUCUAAGUAUUCCCCUCUCCACCAAAAAACUUUCACUGAUGCAAUGGUCUCCCCUAAUAGAGAAAAUAGUCGCAAAGAUUUCAUCUUGGACUGCAAGAAAGCUAUCUCAUGUUGGUCGAACACAAUUAAUCCAAACAGUCCUAUUUGGAAUUCAAUCAUAUAGGUCCCAGCUCUUCAUUAUCCCAGCAAAGGUCUUAAAGCUUAUUGAUUCCCACUACAGAAGCUUUCUAUGGUCAGGGGCAAAUGUCAUUACGAAAAAAUCCCUAGUUGCUUAG